AUGGGGAAAGAGAAGGAUGGCAAGGGUGCCUUCCAAUUGAAGGUCCCCAAGGGAACCAAAGAUUGGGAUGGCAGAGACAUGGUCAUUCGCGACAAGAUCUUCAGUUCCAUCACCGACGUCUUCAAGCGGCACGGCGCCGUCACAAUUGAUACACCAGUCUUUGAAUUGAAGGAAAUCCUGUCAGGGAAAUACGGCGAGGACAGCAAACUCAUCUACGACCUCGCGGAUCAGGGUGGUGAGCUCUGCUCGCUGAGAUACGACUUGACGGUCCCCUUUGCGCGAUGGCUCGCCAUGAACUCGAGUGUGCAGAGCAUCAAGAGAUACCACAUCGCCAAGGUCUACCGACGGGAUCAGCCUGCGAUGACCAAAGGGCGCAUGCGGGAAUUCUACCAAUGCGACUUCGAUAUCGCCGGCGUCUACGAUCCUAUGCUCCCGGAUGCGGAAAUCAUUCGGAUCACGUGUGAGAUCUUCCAGUCGCUAGGAUGGGACGGUAAAUACACCAUAAAGAUCAACCACCGAAAAAUCCUUGAUGGCAUCUUCCAAGUCUGUGGGGUGCCGACAGACAAAAUCCGGACGAUUUCCUCGGCGGUGGACAAAUUGGACAAAUCACCUUGGGAGGAAGUCCGGAGAGAGAUGACCGAGGACAAAGGAUUGGACGCAGAGGUGGCCGACAAGAUCGGCGAGUACGUUGUGAAGAAGGGAGGGGAGGACCUGCUACAACAACUGCAAACAGACGAGAAGCUCUCAGCGAAUGAGUCGGCCAAGGCUGGUCUGGAUGACAUGGCGCUCCUCUUUACUUACCUCCGCUCCUUCGGCGUCCUGGAUCGUCUCUCGUUCGACAUGUCUUUGGCUCGCGGGCUGGAUUACUACACCGGUGUCAUUUACGAGGUCGUCACGGAAGGCUCCGCACCACAAAAAUCACAGAGCGGCGCAGCCAAGAAGGAAUCAUCCAAACCGAAGAAGCCCACCGACGGCGAGGAGGAUCGCUCCAACGAUCCUACCGUCGGCGUGGGCUCCGUCGCCGCUGGCGGGCGAUAUGACAACCUCGUCAGCAUGUUCAGCGGCAAGCAACAGAUCCCCUGUGUCGGCAUUUCCUUUGGCGUAGAUCGAAUCUUCAGCAUCACCAAGCAGCGUCUAGCAGCGGAGUCCACAUCCGCACCGAUCCGCACCAACGAGGUGGACGUCUACGUCAUGGCGUUUGGUGGCAAAGGUUUCGACGGUCUACUGCCGCAAAGAAUGGACGUCGCGCGGACGCUCUGGGACGCAGGCAUCAAAGCCGAAUUCAGCUGGAAAGUCAAGCCGAAACUCCCGCAGCAGUUCAAAGCCGCCGAGCAGAACGGCGUGCCUUUCGCUGUCAUCCUCGGGGAGGAGGAGCUCGCAGCUGGGCAAUGUAAGAUCAAGGAGAUGGGUCUGGCUGAGGGUCAUCCUGAGAAGGAUGGCGUCUUGGUUGAAUUGAACAACCUGGUCACGGAAGUCAAGCAGAGGGUGGCGAGGCUAUACCAGACCAAUAAUGUUGCCGCUGGAGUUGGUAGCGUCUCUCUUGAGGAGGCCCCUGCAGCUCCAGACCUUUGA